AUGGCGAACUCGACGUUUCCGUUGCCAACGCCUUUCGACUUUACUCAUCCAGAAGACUGGGUGAGGUGGAUCAAACGAUUCGAGCGGUACCGAGAAGCCACAGGGCUGGACAAGAAGGAAGGUCCGACACAAGUCUCUACAUUAGUCUACGCAAUGGGAGAAAAGGCUGAGGACGUACUCACGUUGCUAGCAUUGUCAGGAGAGGAGAUGAAGAGCUAUAGCGAGGUAAAAGUGAAGUUCGAGAGCCACUUCGUAAAGAAGAGAAACAUUAUCUACGAACGAGCUCGUUUCAAUCAGAGAUCCCAAGGAGAGGGUGAGCCAGUAGACGCGUUUAUAACAUCGCUGUAUACUCUAGCUGAGCACUGUCAGUUUGGCGUAUUGCACGAUGAUCUCAUUCGAGAUCGUAUCGUAGUUGGUUUGAGAGACUUGAAACUGUCAGAAAGAUUACAGCUAGACCAUGAACUUACGCUGGAGAAAGCAGUAGUGUCAGCUAGGCAGUCAGAAGCAGUGAAACAACAACAGAAAACGCUACGCAGUCAUUUCUCAGAGGAACCAACGGGCGGCACACUGGGCAAGGAUGUCAGCGCCGUUGAGAAGGGUAAGAAGAAGCCAACAGAGACAAGGACUACAACCAGUUUCAAGGAAACCUGCGGACGGUGUGGGCGUACGCCAGGCCACAACAGGGCUAAUUGUCCCGCACGGGAAGCCAAAUGCUCAAAGUGUCAGAAGAUAGGCCACUAUGGCGCACAAUGCCGUAGUAAGUUCGUCAGUGAAGUCGUUUCUGAUACUGAUAAUACUGAAAAUGGGGUUUUCCUCGGAGCUCUCACUGCGCCUGGUAGUAGUAGUCCUUGGAUGGUCUCACUUUUGAUCAAAAACACACCAGUACAAUUCAAGAUAGACACGGGAGCAGACGUUUCCGUCAUACCGGCAAAACUGUUCUCCAGGUUCAACAAACAGUGGAACACAACCCUUACAGCACCUGAUAGGAAUUUACACGGUCCCAACAAGAACCUACUGGAUGUUACUGGUUAUUUUGUCUGUCGCUUACAAAAGGGAGAAUGCAGUGUAGAGGAUAACGUUUACGUGGUGGAGAACCUCAGUAAUCCUCUUCUGGGACGACCUGCUAUUGAGAAGUUGAACCUACUCUCUAGAAUCGAGUCUGUGCGUUCAGAUAAGCUAGUUCCAUCCAUUGUUACAGAAUACUCAGAUGUUUUUCAAGGGUUGGGAAGCCUUCACGACGAAUAUCACAUAUGCCUGAAAGAGAAUUCCAAGCCAUUUGCCUUGAGCACACCUCGUCGGAUUGCGAUACCCCUCUUGCCUAAAGUCAAGGAAGAAUUGUCUAGAAUGGAAGCACUCGACGUCAUUUCCAAAGUGGAGGGACCGACAGACUGGUGCGCGCCGAUGGUAGUGGUACCCAAGCCUAACGGUACCGUCCGUAUCUGUGUUGACCUGACAAAGCUUAACCAGAGUGUGAGAAGAGAAAGACACAUCCUUCCGUCAGUAGAAGACACAUUAGCACAGCUGGGAAACGCCCAAGUCUUUACGAAACUGGAUGCCAACUCAGGGUUUUGGCAGGUGCGUCUUUCAAAAGCGUCAUCUCCGCUGACUACAUUUAUUACUCCCUUCGGCAGAUACUGUUUUCACCGGCUACCCUUCGGCAUUACGUCGGCGCCCGAACAUUUCCAAAAGAGAAUGUCCCAGAUUUUAGAAGGUCUGGAGAGUGUCGUUUGUAUGGUUGACGACAUACUGGUAUUUGGGGUUAACCAAGAACAACAUGACCAGCGACUUCGACAAGUUCUCACGAAACUUCGCGCAGCUGGAGUUACAUUAAACAAACAGAAGUGCGUCUUUUCAGUCCCGUCAGUGAAGUUCAUUGGACAGAUAGUUAGCCAAGGAGGAAUUCAGCCUGAUCCAGAGAAAGUCAGUGCUAUCACUGAGAUGGCUACCCCAAAGAACGUUGCAGAACUAAGACGGUUUUUGGGAUUAGUCAACCAUCAAGCCAAAUAUGUGAAAGAUCUUUCUGAGAUCACGGAGCCUCUACGUGCGCUCUUACAACAAAAGAGUCACUGGCAUUGGGGUGGACCGCAAAACGAGGCAUUCGAAAGAAUCAAACGAAAGAUUACUACGGUACCAGUUCUUGCUCUGUACCACCCAAACCAGGCAACUAUUCUGUCUGCUGAUGCAUCGUCGUAUGGGUUAGGCGCUGUACUACAACAGCAGCAAUCAGACGGUAAAUAUAAGGCUAUUGCUUAUGCAUCUCGAUCGAUGUCAGAAACAGAGCGUCGCUACGCGCAAAUCGAGAAAGAGGCGUUAGCUGUAACUUGGGCGUCGGAGAGAUUCCAGCAUUACCUGAUUGGAAGAGACUUUACUAUAGAAACGGAUCAUAAACCUCUGGUCCCCCUGCUAGGAUCCAAAGGUUUGGACGAUCUCCCGCCAAGGAUUCAACGGUUUCGAAUGCGUCUUUUCCGAUUUUCGUUUUCUAUACGUCACAUACCGGGGAAAGAGCUUGUCACUGCGGAUGCUUUGUCUCGACAACCAAUCCUAACUCCGAGCAAGGUGGACCAGAUUGUAGAAGAAGAAGUCGAACACUUCACGUCUUUAUUCUCUGAGACAUUACCUGCAUCAGAGAAGAGACUUGAAGAGAUCAAAGUGUUGCAGAAUGAAGAUACAGCUAUUAGUCAAACGAAGACAUAUGUGACAACCGAGUGGCCAAAGUCGCAUCUACUUCAAGGAGAGUCCAGACUUUAUUGGAACCUUCGUAAUGAAUUACAUAUCCACGAUGGACUGCUUCUCAGGGGAUCUAGAAUAGUCAUUCCACCCACAAUGAGAGCAGAAGUGUUACACACGCUCCACGGUAGUCAUCAAGGAGUUUCCAAAUGUAGAGAGAGGGCCAAACAAGCUGUUUGGUGGCCAGGGAUCAGUACACAGAUUGAAGCUUUAGUCGCCAAUUGUGUUACGUGUGCGAGAGAAAGGAGAAAUCCAGCUGAGCCGCUAGUCUACACACCUUUUCCAGCAUACCCAUGGCAGAAAGUUGCUAUGGACCUGUUUGAAUGGCGUGGUCGUCCGUACCUACUAGUGAUUGAUUACUAUUCACGGUAUGUGGAAAUUGCUUUACUUUCAUCUACAACCUCUCCAGCGGUCAUUAACCAUCUGAGGUCUAUCUUCGCUCGGCACGGUUUCCCGGAAAUAGUUGUUUCCGACAAUGGGCCUCAGUUUUCGUCAGAAGCUUUUAGACAGUUUGGAAAGGAGUGCCAAUUUUCACAUGUGACAUCCAGUCCCGGCUUUCCGCAAGCCAACGGCGAGGCAGAACGCGCUGUUCAAACUAUCAAGUCCUUGUUACAGAAGAGAGACGAUCCCUAUAUGGCAUUGCUGUCAUAUAGAUCUACGCCCUUGCACAAUGGAUUCAGUCCAGCGGAGCUCCUAAUGAGCAGGAAGCUUAGAACGAACGUCCCAAUGAUUCCUGACCAACUGAGACCGAGAGUUCCAGAUCUCAGUGCUCUUAGAAAUACUGAAGAGAGAGCAAAGAACAAAAUGAAACAAGAUUUUGACAAACACCAUAAAGCAAAGGAUCUUGCAGUACUCCUACCGGGAACGAAGGUGUGGGUGCCUGAUCAACGCCAGUAUGGCACGGUAGUUGCAUCAGCUAGUCCAAGGUCCUACAUAGUUACCACACCACAAAAGCAAGUCCGUAGGAACAGAAGAAGUCUGAGACCAAUAACCUUAGAAGAAGGAGCUUCACAAACAUCAACAGAGCAGUCUCAAGACGUAACAAAAGAAAGCCAAGUACCUUGUGAAGAUCAACCAGUGUCACGGAGUAGUGUACCUGUUCAGCAAGGGGCAGAGACUUCAGAAAAACCAGACUGUAGUGUACGGGUGCAUGAACCUAGAACGUCUAUUAUGGACAGUCCAGUAAUUACGAGUUCGGGUAGAGUAAGUCGCCCCCCUCAAAGGUUGGACUUAUAAAAGGGGGAGAUGUAGUGGGCGUUCCCCAAUACGGGAUACUAACUACGGGUACGGGCAUGCGUAGUUUUGUCUUGAGUUGUGUUCAGUCAAUAGACCACGUGUCAGCAAUCUCCGUGUUGAACCGCAAUCGCUUGAUACUACAAAAUUCAGUAAUCCGAACAGGUAAGAACGGAGUCUGGUACAGAGCUAUUCGGAUUAGCGAGGCUCUACUGUACCUAGUCUGGGUCGACAACAGCCUUCAUGUCUUUUGCUCAACCCUUCACCAAGGGUCGAGCAACAACUUGACAGUGAAGAGGAAGGGCAAAAGCAGUGGUAAGUAGCUUGAAAAUUUUCCUG